AGAAAAAAAGUUUACACGCGAUGAUUAAAUGCGUGCGAUGCUUCUUUUUUAACGGAAGAAAAUAGUGAAGGAGAGAGACGGGUAACGGACGAAGCUCUUAAACUCGUGAGUUGUGUCGGAGUAGUAUUAAGAGUAGGGGGUUCUUGCAUAUAAGCCAGAAUAUGAAGGGGAACCGUCUUUAGUAUAUCGUAAAGCAGCCAACUAGAUACUCACCUGGUCCAUUUUCGAUCACAUCUUUUCACAUAAUUAUACUUACUUACGAAAACUUUCAAUACGUUUUAUUAUUAUACUUCUGUUUCUUCUUCUUCUUCUUUUUUUUUUUUUGAUUCAUUUGUUUAUUUAUUUUUUUCUUUUUUUUUUUUUUUUUUUUUUUUUUUUCCAUCGAAAUCAAUUCUCCUCCUCGAGUUUUCAUUUGUCGCGAAUAAAAAUAAACGUCUUUUUAUCAAUCAAAAUCAAUUAUCUAAGGUGAAUGUUGUCAUCUAGAAAAAGUGUAUGUAAAAACAAAAGAGAAAGAGAGAGAGAGAGAGAGAGAGAGAGAGAAAGAACAAGAGACUUGUAUUUUCGAUAGUUUGAAAGGAACGAUCCUUCUUCAAACAGGACUGGAAUACAAGCUAUCGAAAUGAUUCAUUUGAAAAACGUGAUAAAUAUCAUCGUACUGAUAACUUUUGUGUUUCACGGAUCUAUCAUCUGUCACGAUUUCAAAUCGGAUGAUCCAGGACUCAACGAACCGGAUUUUGUUAUUCCGGAAUACAUACUGCCAUGUUCACGUAAGGAUCCCAAAUUUGAAAUAUGCGUGACGAAAACGUUGAACCAUCUGAAGCCUUAUUUGGUGAAAGGAAUUCCGGAGUUGAAUUUGCAACCGAUCGAGCCACUAACGAUACCAGAAUUGGGUAUGGAAAAUGGGCAAGGUGCAGUUAAAGUUAGUGCACUUUUUUCGAACAUCACAGUCUUAGGCGCUGGAAAUUAUAAUAUGACGAAAGUACGAGUGGAUUUGAAUACAUUGAGGAUCGAUCUUCAUCUAACUAUACCCAAGGUCGAAUUGCAAGGUCGUUAUGAAGUGGCCGGAAACGUUCUUUUGUUUCCCAUUAAAAGUCACGGCGACUUUUGGGCACUUUUUGGUGACGUAUCAGCGAUAGCACGUAUACAAGGAGCGAUAGAAAUUCGAGAUGGUGUACGUUACAUGGGACUUACAAGAUUACUCAUUGAUUUUAGUCUUGGCCGUGCAAGAUUUCGUAUUAUCGAUGAAUUAAAUGGUGACAACGUUAUAGGCCAAGCGAUGAAUCAAUUUCUCAAUCAAAAUGCUAAAGAGAUAAUCGAAGAAAUGAGACCGGCCGCUAGCAGUAGCAUUGCCAAACACUUCCUAUCAUUCCUUAACACGGCCUUCAGGAAGAUACCACUUAAAGUUUGGUUACGUGACGUAUAGUUUACGAUAAUUAAUUAUUUUGAUAUUUACUAUAUAACGAAAGAAACGAAAAAAAAAAAAAAAAAAAAAAGAAAAAAAAAGGAAAGAAAAAAAAAGAAGAAACAAGAGAAGACGUAAGGAAUGAAAAUGAAAAAAAAAAAGAAAAAAAAAAGAAAAAGAAAAAGAAAAAGAAUGAACGAAAUUAUCGACGAAUUUAUUUACCAAAUUACUUUUAUUAUUUGAAUAUUAUCGUACGCAUGUGACAAUACGAGUAUAAACACG